AUGACUCAAACAACACAACAUUCACAAUCGAUAUGGAACGAAGUUGAUUUAUCACAGAAGUUUAGUCAACUAUCUUGUUCAGUGAAGCAUCCAAAGAAGAAGAAGAACAAUAAAGUAUCAAAACAAAGCAAGAUUAUUCCUUAUACAGAACUCGAUCUUACACAAUUAAUUGGAAUCAAUAUCGAUCAAAUUCCUUCUAUUCCUCCUUAUCCAUCGGUGAAUAGAGUAGGAGAAGUUAGUGGUCACGAUCGUCCUUAUGCUGAUUAUCGACAUCUCGAUGCAAACACUAUUGCUCGAGUAUUUGACUUUAAUCUUGAAACAGGUCAAAUCAUAACGAAGAAUUUCAUUCAAGAUCAUCGACCAGUUCGAAUGAAUAGAAAAUCAUUUGCCAUCACUUGUUGGACGAAUGUUUCGAAAGAAGAAGUUAUGAAUGAAAUUGAACAUAUAUUUACUAUAGAAAAACUCCAAUAUGUUUGUGUUGCACAAGAAUUCAACAGUGAUACAAUAAAUCAAGAGUUUCAUUUACAUUUACAAAUAGUUCUUAAAGAAGUGGUCAAUAAAAAAACUUCGUUUCUUGAUUCUGUUACAGGUUUGAAUUACAUUGAAUUCGGUAGUUUUAAAUCAACAAUAGUAAGAGGAGUAAAAUAUUGGUCAUCUCAACAUCAACACAAGUCAUCAUGA